UUCUGAGAGUUUAUUAAAAAUGGAUUUGCAAAAAAAAGUUAAAAAUUCUAAUAAAGAUAUUAAUUAUGACAGAAUAAUAGAAGUAGUUGAUUUAGAAACUAUACAGAAUCUAAGCAAAGAUAAUCUAUUUCUCAAUGAAUGUAGUGAAAAUAAAAACAUUGUGUUUUUACAUACUAUUACUUCACCAAAGAUCAUAGAAGAAAAAGAUGAUAUAACACAUACUGCAAAGAAAAAUUCAUAUAAAAAUACGGAUUUAACAAAUAAAAAAUGUAUAGUUACUGAUCAGAAUGAUGAUAAUAAUAAUAACGUAAAAAAAAGAAAAUUAAAUAGAAAUUUUGGAAGUAUAUCAUACAAUGAAAAUGUGGAAAACACUUCAAAAUAUCUAAAAGAAGAAAAACAUGAAAUUAAAACUUGUAGAAUCAUUAAUGAAAAAGUUUGUGAUUCUCUCCAGAAUGUACAAUUAUGUGAAUCAACUGUGUCAGAAAUGAAUGGAUCAUUAAUGAAAAAUCAAUUUCUUGUAGAUAAAGAAAAUUUGAAUAAAGAAGAAGCAGAAGAUAGUGAUUGUUUAUCUUUGUUUGCAGAUUCAACUCUCAUGCAAGAGUACAAUACGUAUCUAGAUGAUAAUAGUGAAAAAUCAUUUCAAAUGACUGAUAAUGUAAUUGAAAAUUAUUACAAAAAUACUACAUCUGAUUUUAAUAAAUUUUAUAACAAUAAUGACGAUAAUAACAAUGAAAAUAAUGUUACUUCAGAUCAAAAAUAUAAUACUGUACUCCAAAAAUCUUUACAAAAUCCACAAAUUGCCACAUCGCGCAAUAUCAAUGCAUUUAAAUCUAUUUUUCAUGGCUUUUGUUAUUACACAAUAAUGUAUAACAAAUGUCUUAGAAACGAUUGUCGUUUUAGACAUGACUUUAUACCAACUAUGAUUAAUUGGUAUAGUCAUAAAGAAGAAUAUUUUUUUAAAAUACUAGACGAAUUAGUAUUUAAUAAUUUUACAGAGUUUGUACGAAACUUCUAUUUACAAGCGCUACCUGUUUAUUCUCAAUAUGACAUCCAGUGUAUAUUAAAAAUAUUGAAAAAAUUAUAUAAGUUAAAAGCUGUUAAUGGUGAUACAGUUUUCUAUACUAUUGAUUAUUUGAAACAAAGAUAUUCUAUCAAAGUAAUUACUCAUGAAAUAUCAAUCAUUGUAAACAAUAGCGAUUUUGAAUUCGUAAAUUGUGUUUUAAAACAGUUGUGUUCAAAAGAGUAUAUUAUGUAUGGUGAAUAUUGGAAUACAUUGAAAAAUUUGUUGCUUCGAAUAGAAAAUUUGGAUCCAAAAAUUGUAGAAACUAUUUUACAAGAAUGUAUAAUUACCCGUACACAUAUUGAAGAAGUAAAUUUCAAUAUUAUGCGUAAAUUAACCCAUCAAGUUCGUUGUAAAAUAAAUAACGAUGUACUGUUAUCCUUUAAAAACUUGAUUAAAGAAAAAACUCAAAAGGUAGAUAAAAAUAAGCAAGUGAAAGAUAAUGGUAUUUCUUCACCAGAUUCAUGUUGUAUGAUAAAUGAAUUAGAGAUGGAUGAACGUAUGAAUAUACUUAAUACGACAGAAACAGUUGAGAGAAUAAAUGAAAAUUCAUCUUUUAAACUGCAUUUAAUAGAUAACUUAGCAAAACCGCAAUCUGCCAGAAUAAGAUUUUGGAAAUUCUAUAUAGAUGUUCACAAGCUUCAUGAGGGACUUAAACGUAAUGAUUAUGAUUAUGUUAUGAAUAUUCUUAAUUCAGUGAAGGAAGAACAACAAACUUUCUUUACUCGGGCCACUUACCAAAUUUUAUGCAAUGAAAUAAGAUAUUCCCAUUAUCAUUUCAAGAAGCUCAUUUUACAUUCAGUCAGAACUGGAGUGACUGCUACGUGUUAUCAAAUAUUAUUUGAUACUGUCAAAUAUGCUUUGGUUACUUUAGCUGAGAAAAAUUUGUGGGUAUUAGCAAAUAUAUUACUGGAAGAUAUUAAUAUCACACAAAUGUAUUUCCAUAAGAUUGAUGCUGCAACUAUUAUGCUCAUUGCUGAGAUAUACUUAGCAAAUCAUCUAGCUAUAAAAGCUUUUUUCUUACUUAAACAAACUAAUAUCAUUUACACUGAUCCUCAUAAGUGGAAGGUACAUUAUACUGCAAAAGAUAUAUCUAUUAGAGUACAAAUAAUAACCAUUUUAUUAAAUGCACUCUGUGAAACAUUUUUAGAAUAUGCUUUUUACCUUUUUCAAUUUUUAGUUGUAGAUCAAUAUAGCAAUUUUUACCCAAUAGACAUUACGAAUUUUGUAAAUAAAGCAGUGCCAAUGCUUCUGUCCGAAAAAAAUUAUUUUUUAAUUAUACACAUUGCAAAAUUAAUUAUUAAUUAUAAUUUUAUACCAAAUACUAUUACAUAUCGUGCAUUGAUUGCUACACUAAUUCAUAUUGAUAUGGCUUUAACAAAACGCUUAUACCAAACUGGAAUUGGAUUAGGAAUAUAUUCUAGAAUACAGUUGUGCCCAACAAUACAUCUCAUUAUAAAUACCGAUUGGACAAAAGAAGAAAUGUAUCUUGCAGUACUCGAUUCAAUAGAACAACUUUCAUUACAUAUUGGAUAUGGAAUUGAUCAUAUUAAGCAAAACGAUUUUUCUAUUUAUCUUAAUUUUGAGAAUGUUCCUUUACAUAAGAAAUAUACUCAUAAUAAGAGAAUGUAUCAACAUAAGAUUGCCAAAAGUAAAAUUUUAAUGAAAAAUGUAUUAAAAAAACAAUUUAAUCCACCAAUUUUAAUGGCAAAAAGAAAGACAGAUAAAAUAUGUAAGUUAAAUACUUUAAGUGUCUUAAAUUACUUGAAGCAUAAGGCUAAACAGUGACACUAAACACUAAACAUAAUUUGAUUCUAUAUUUUUGUUUAUAUGAAACGCUUUAUCAAACGGAUAUUUAAUUUAAUCAAAAACAAUAAAAACAAUAUGUUGGAUAAUUUUAGAUUAAUAUUUUUUAGAUUUUUUUCUAAGCUGAUUCGAUAUAGAGGUUAAUUAUUU